CGGGAUUGAAUCAUGCAUGGAUGCAUAAUUUUGAAGAUGGCCAAGGAUAUCUCUGAGAUGGGUUGAUGAUAGUCUGCUAUAGUUUGAGUUUUACAAAAUGUUCGUUCGUCGCCGGAAAAGGUCCGCCGCUCGAUGGAGGACACAUGCUCUGACCUUCGUCUCCUUGUGCAGUACACUGUUCUAUUUCGGCUUCUACAAUCGCUCCGUCUUUCAGGACUUUUUCGCCCGUACCGAGGUCGACGACUACCAAGCGGUGAACGAGAUAAGGAUAAGACAAACCUUAGACAAGGCUUCGGCGUCGUCGUGGAGUUAUGACGCUGAGAAACUGAGGGAUGCGCCGGAAAACAGUUUGAAAAAUCUUGCACCUCAGCUUUUUAAGGCCCUUCCGCAGCCGUUUUCCCCCAAGUUUAGGAAUCCAUGUUGGGACGUCCGCAAGAAACCGAGGCAGUGUCUACCUUAUUUCUAUCUCAUCGGGAUGCCCAAGUGCGGCACCACGGAUCUGUGGAAUAAAUUAAUCCGUCAUCCUUACAUCGCUGACACCAAGAAGGAACCACAUUGGUGGAGUAGGAUAAGGAUGGGUCGAGGCAAUGUGAACCACACAAGGUUAAACUCCAAUCCUAUCUCAUACUACACUCGAUUUGCCAGAUUACUUGUCAACUACACAAAGGUGUAUGAUCGCAACAUAAGCAAGGUUAUUGCGGGUGAUGGGUCUGCGUCUACCAUGUGGGAUAACCGACUGUGGAGGCAAUUUUAUCCUAACGCUACCCAUGGCCCCGCCCAUGUCAACGGGGAGUUGAUUAUAACGAUCCAACCAGAUGCAAGGGCGAUAGCUAUCCUGAGAAACCCCUCAGACAGGUUAUACUCCGACUACCUCUAUUUCACCCCUGCAAGUACGCUAACACCUCAACACUUCCAUGAAAGAGUACAAACAAGUAUAGAGAAGUUCCAUGAAUGUAUAAAGAGAUUAGAUGUCCGUACGUGCACGUACGAUACCAGUAAUAUAAAGAACUUUGUGAGAUUAGAAGUCGGUCUAUACAGUGUCUACUUUCGAGACUGGUUAUCAUUCUUCCCAAGGAAGAGAUUAAAAGUAAUCCGGAUCGAAGAAUGGCAUCAGCAGUGCGCUAAAACACUGAGAGAACUUUAUGAAUUCUUAGCGAUAGAGCCGCUUCGAAUUCCAGCAUUAAUCAAGAUAUGUCAGGACGAUGCGGAAAACACUCGUUCACCAGACAAACUAAGUCUCGGUCCCAUGCUUCCCGAGACGCAACAAUUACUGGAUGAAUUUUACGCUCCUUUUAAUCGUGAACUCGCACGAAUGCUGGGUGAUGAGCGGUAUUUAUGGGACAACAGGGGGCCUGGCAGCAGCGAGGAGUCCGUGCCUUGAAUCUUUCAGACCGCAGUUACGACUUACUAGUUUCAAGAACUUCAGAUCGGGGAUCGUGUGCAAAAAUUCCUAUGCAAGUCAUUUCUGACUAUUUGCCGUUGAGUCAAUCAGUUGUGUAACAACAUGAUGAUUGAUUGGUGUUUUGUAUGAAUACAUAUAGGGGAAGGCGGGGUAAGAUGUGACAGUUUUUGCUUUUUGCAUGUUAGAAUUGAU